GUUUAAACAUUUUGUGUUCACGCUUGUAUGUUCGACCGCGUGUUAUAACUAGUUACCAUAAAAUUUUACCAAGUCAUUAUAGUUACAGGAAAAGAAUUAUGGCAAAUUAUCAUAAACCCGAAUCCAAAACCAUUCAAGAGUUAAAGGAUAUUGCCAACAAAUUACGGAUUGAUUCAAUAAAUGCUACACAAGCCUCAAAAUCGGGACAUCCAACAUCAUGUGCCUCAAUUGCCGAAUUAAUGUCCGUACUAUUCUUUCAUACCAUGAGAUACAAAAUUUCAGCACCACGUGAUGCAUCCAGCGACCGUUUCAUUCUAUCCAAAGGUCAUGCUGCACCAAUUUUAUACGCUGCCUGGGCCGAAGCAGGGUUAUUCCCAACCAGCGAACUAUUAAACCUACGUAAAAUCGACUCAGAUUUAGAAGGACAUCCUACACCUCGUUUAAAUUUCAUCGAUGUUGGUACUGGUUCCUUGGGUCAAGGACUUGCCGUCGCUUGCGGUAUGGCAUACGUCGGUAAAUACUACGACAAAGCUAACUACCGUGUCUACUGUAUUGUUGGAGACGGUGAAGCUGCGGAAGGUUCAAUUUGGGAAUCAUUACACUUCGCAAGCCAUUAUAAUUUGGAUAACUUAGUCGUAUGUUUUGAUGUUAACCGUUUGGGUCAAUCUGAACCCACAUCCUUACAACAUAAAAUGGAUGUUUACCGCAAACGUUUAGAAUCAUUUGGAUUUAACGCCCUAGUUGUCGAUGGUCACGACGUUGAAGAUCUCUGCAAAGCAUUCCAUAACGCUUCCACAACCAAAGAUAAACCUACAGCAGUUAUUGCCAAAACAUACAAAGGUAAAAACUUCCCAAAUAUUGAGGAUUUGGAAAAUUGGCAUGGUAAGCCACUUGGUGCUGAAGCCGACCGUGUCAUACAACACUUAACUGGCCUAAUUAAGAACAAGGGACCUUUACAAAUUCAUCCACAAAAACCAAUCAACGAUGAUGCUCCACCGGUCGAUAUUUCCAACAUUACAUUGUCAUCCCCACCAAAUUACAAAGCUGGUGAACAAGUAGCAACUCGUUUAGCUUAUGGUACAGCUAUCCAAAAGCUUGCUGAAAAUAACGCUCGAGUGAUUGCUCUCGAUGGUGACACCAAGAACUCAACCUACUCCGAAAAAAUCAAGAAAGUUGAUCCAGCACGAUACAUUGAAUGUUUCAUCGCCGAACAAAAUUUGGUUGGAGUUGCAAUUGGAGCAGCUUGUCGUGAUCGUACAGUUGCAUUUGUAUCAACUUUCGCAACAUUCUUUACAAGAGCCUUCGAUCAGAUUCGUAUGGGUGCUAUUUCACAAACCAAUGUUAACUUUGUUGGAUCUCAUUGUGGUGUGAGCAUUGGAGAAGAUGGUCCAAGUCAAAUGGGCUUGGAAGAUAUUGCCAUGUUCCGUACAAUUCCAGGAAGUACUGUCUUCUAUCCAAGUGAUGCUGUGAGCACAGAACGUGCCGUCGAAUUGGCUGCAAAUACCAAAGGAGUUUGUUUCAUUCGUACAUCAAGACCCAACACACUUAAUGUGUAUCCAAACAAUGAGAAAUUCGAAAUUGGUAAAGCAAAAAUUAUAAAACAAUCUGCCAAAGAUCAAGUACUUAUUAUUGGAGCUGGUAUCACUUUACAUGAAGGUUUGAGUGCAGCUGCUACACUUGCCAAAGCUGGUAUUAACGCUCGUGUUAUGGACCCCUUCACAAUUAAACCAUUAGAUGUUAAUGCUGUCAUCCAAAAUGCCAAAGCUUGUGGAGGUCGUGUUAUCACUGUUGAAGAUCAUUACGAACAAGGUGGUCUUGGUGAAGCUGUGCUAUCAGCCUUAGCAUUGGAACCAUCCGUUUUCCUUGUGAAGAAAUUGGCUGUGCCAACAAUACCCCGGUCUGGUCCACCAACAGUACUCCUCGACAUGUUUGGAAUUUCCGCUAAACAUAUUGUAAACGCAGCUAACGAAUUGUUUAAAAUUAAGGCUUAAAAAAAAAAAAUCAAUAUUUCAGAGCAUUCCAAAACAAAAAUGCACA